AAAAUUAAAUUUUAUAUUAUUUUUAUGGCAAUUAUCGAGUUUGUGGUACAUAUGGAAAAAUUGAUUGAAAAAAAUCGAUGCGUAUUAGACUCAACAUUAAUAAUCGAAGGAGCGAAUUAAUUUUUUUACCGUUCAAAAAUUGUUAAGAAAAAACUUGUAUGUUGCUUUUUUCUAUCACUAAAUACGCAAUAGUAAUAUUUCACUGGGAAAACAUUUCUAUAUGGUCGACAAUUAAUGGGCCGGUGGGUGAAAGAGAAUGUGACGUUGCACCUUUCUACACAAUUUUUUAAUAGCGUAUGAACUGCCAUUUCUAAAAAUGUGACUCCCAACCAUCGAGGCCUGCUGUAGGUCUAUUGAGGCCUUUAGAAAAAGGGCCAAAUUUCCAUAAUUUUUAUUUACGUUUUAAUUUUUUUUUUAGUGAAUGAAGGCAAAGAAUUUACAUAUCGUCCCCUUAGUAUAACAAUAGCCUAUGUUCUCAUAGGCUAUUAUUUUUUUAUUGAAUUUUUGGAUUCUCCAUCGUCGAUUUUAUAUGUGGUCAAAAUUUUGUCAUAUUCUAGUUCCACAAAGUGGGUCAAAACGUCAGUCAAAAAAUAAUAAAUAUUUACAGACAUAACGAGAUUUGAGUGAGAGCUACUUUCAACAAAAAGUUUGAAAUUCAUUUUCUCAAAACAUCAAAAAAUUUAUAGGCUAUUUUAAUACUAAGGGGACGAUAUAUGCAGAACUUUUUUCCAUGUACGCAGUAGCCCUCAUCAGUUGAACUCCGUCUACGAUAAUUUUUGUGAACUUUCCUCAUGGGUGGCCUUCGGCCACGUUUCAAGAAAAUAAAAGUGAAAAUCAGGUCAACUUCAGCUACACUGCCAUUAGAAUUUUUACGUAGAACUCCUUCGGCCGCACCUAAAAAAACUAUUGCCCAUUAAUAAAAUCCUGUUUUUGAUAGAGCAACAUUGUUUCUUUGGUUUGUGCGUGUUAGUGAAUGCGAUAAUUAAUCGUUAUUGCAAGAAAAUAUUCAUGGAAAUUUAGAAAAACGUGUAAAUUAAUGGUAGAUUCAAAAAUGCUAAAAUAAGUUCAAAAGUUAUUAACCCCUUGAAUGGUAAUGGCGAUUAAAGCUCGUCAUAAACUUUCCUGAACAAACUGACAAUGUACAUAUGUAUAUACAUAUAUAUAUGUUUUAAGAAAAUUAAAUCGUCUGCCAGAGCAGUGAAAAUAAAUUGUCGUUCAAGGGGUUAACAAAAAAACACUUAUAAUGUUGCUCUUUUCUCUGACUAUAUACACGAAAGUAAAUAUACUUAGGGGUCAAACAUCACUUCCUUCUACAUAGUAUAAUACCUAUAUUAUUUGGAUUCACGAAACAAAUUCGGUAAAUAUUGGCAAUCACUUGUAUAAAUUUAUUCUAAAUAAAAAAAUGUAUACAAAGUUUGAAAAAUUAACCAAAACAUUGUUGGGUAUUGCCAUUCUAUUGAAAUGUAGCGAUAUUGCAAGAUUUACAUACAUACAUAUGUAUUAUUAUUUAUCUUGGUGGUCAAAUUUAUUAUAUUUAUGUAUAGGAUUGGCUUUAGAAUGGGGCAUAUUCUUUAUUGGAACCGCUAUUUACAAAAUCUUAUUAAAAUAGAAUCUUUAAUUAAUAUUUGAUCAGGUAUAUAGGCAGAAAAAAUGGGGAAAGUUUGCAAUAUUUUAAAAUAUUCUUUUAUAUUGUAAAACCCUUAAGGUCGCCUAUUGAUGGAAUGUAUGUUAAUGUAAGUGUAGGCAUAGUAUAAGAUACACCCAAUAAUGUAAACGUAGAGUAAUGCUAAGAAGAGAUGUAGUAUUAAGUAAAAUAAGGCAACCCUAAAUGACAAAUGGAAGAAAGAAUAAAAUGGAAGUCACUUCCGCUUGGAUCGUAAAAAUAGCCAGUCGUUUUAUUUCUAUCAGAAUUUAAUCGUGAGCCAUCCGGCUUUAAAAUAUCUGGAAGUACCCACCAAUUUACAACUCAGGUGUGGGGUUGUGCAAACGCAACCCAAUAAACUACACAUUUUAAAGAUAACUUUAAUAUUUUGCGAGAUAAUGGCAAAUAUUCGCCAAGAACUAACUAACGUGCUGACUGAGGCUGGUGUGGAAUUUCCAACUACAGCAACGACAACCCAAUUGCGCCGAUUGCUGCGGGAUGUGGUAGGAGCCACUCGGAGCACGGAAAUUUCAAGAAAUGACGAUAAUUUAAAUUCUGCCGCUACUGCUGGUACUGCCGCUGUUGAUGCCACUGCUACUGCCGACGUUUUCACCUCUGCUGACGACACUGCCGGUACUGACACUAAUGCUGCUAUUAGUGCUACUGCCGCUACUAAUGCUACUGCCGCUAUUGAUACUACUGCCGCUAUUGAUAUUAUUGCCGCUUCUGAUGUUUUUGACUCUGCCGCUACUGAUGUACGUGCCGCUGCUGACGUACGUGCCGCUGCUGACGCUACCAAUAUUAGAAACUGUGGACGGACUAGUAUGUUUAUUGGUCUAGAUGAAGAGAUCGCAGCUUUGCAAAAGCGGGUAGAAAUUCUCAAGCUGGCCAAACAAAUCGAAGAACUCGAAGGCCGUCCGAAAAAUCAGAGUAUACGGCGUCUGGAAUUUGGGGACCUUGAACAUGCCAUCCCCAAAUUCAGUGGAGAUGAUGUCACUUUAACGGUGAACCAAUUCCUAAAAGAUUUUGAGGAUCUAAUGGAAUCGACUGGAGCUGACGACCGAUUUAAACUGCUUGCACUUCGUCGUUCGCUGACGGGCACGGCGAAAGUUUUCCUACCGACAACAGUAGCGUUGAACUAUGGUGCGCUAAGGAAAGCGCUAAAAGACGAAUUCGACAUAUCCGUCACACGGCAUGAGAUAUAUAAGAUGUUGGCACAACGUCGCUGGAAGCGGAAAGAUGAGUCGCUGCACUGUUAUGUGCUGACAAUGCAAGCCUUAGGAAAACGAGCCAAUGUCAGCGAUCUUGAGGUUAUUGAUUUUAUUAUUGAUGGAAUCGGGAAUGUCCCAAACUCGCAUAUCCUUAUGACGGCCCGAACCUUAGACGAAUUCAAGACGCUGGUGAUCCGUUUCCAAAACAAAUAUUUUGCAGUUGGCACGGCACAGACAGCAGCUCCCAAAACAACAAAACCAGCAGCCGAACAAAAAAUAAAGUGCUACAAUUGUUCGAAGGAUGGCCACAUCAAACCCAACUGCCCUUACCCUAUGCGACCAAAUGACGCCUGUUUCCGAUGUUGGAAGAUGGGGCACGAUCACCGAUCCUGCCCGAACCCACCAAAAGUUUUGAAGCCCCGAGAAGUUGCUGCCGUACAAGUGGAUACAGACCAUGACGUGGUUGGCGCAUUUAAUUAUUCCGACUAGCCUUAUCCAGGAGUCACUGGUUCCUAAAGGGGUCCAAAAGGAAUGUGUAAAGAGACCAG